UGCCACUGGCUUUGAUAUUUGCAUGGGAAUUGGUUUAGCUUUUCAUGGUACGAACUGGGAGUCUCAUUUGGGAUUUGAAUUCUUGUUCGGGUUCGGUUUUUGCUGAAACAAUGAAAUGCUUCUGGGGUUCGAUUUCUACAAACCCUCUGUUUUCAAGCAUUGUCACUCUCUACGCUCUGAUCCUCCUUUACUUCCCGCACCAUUUCUUGAGCAUUGUUUUCUCGCCGGUGCUGAUCAUAACCGGAAUAAUCUUGAUCACUCUUCUUCGACUUGGUGCAAGUCAGAAUUUUGAAGAUGAUGGUCUCAAAGAAAAGAAAAGGCCUUCUGAUUUGGAAAUCACAACAGAGAAUGAUGAACCAAAUGAUAGUCUUGAAGUCGUUCAUGAACCUGAACAAAGUGCAAAAGUUGUACAAGAAGAAGAUCACAGCUUUGUCACGUAUCGAUUUGAAACAGAGGAAAGGGAGAUUGGUUUUGAUCAGCACUCCUGUUUUGAUGACUACUUCGUUGAGUGGAAUGUGAAGGCGCCAUUAGAGGUCAUCUAUGAAGAAUAUGAAGGUGAAGAAGAUGAGGUGGAUCCAGAUGAGAAGGAACAGCGUGAAGAACACGAAAACCAAGUCCUGAGUCUCGGAAGCCAACCUUCGUUGUCUUUGUAUUACCCGGAGUCGGAUUCAGAUACUUCCUCCGACGGUGACUUUUCGAUGAGCGGAGCUUGGGACUCACCGGAAAACAUGUGCUACAAGUGGGAAGAGGAUGACAGAGAAGGGCUGAUUGAGAUUGCUUUGGAUGGUAAUAAGAGGUCAGGUUUAAGAAUCCAAGUUGAGGAAGAGAACUUGAUAGAGAUUGAUAUAUCUCCGACGAGAAGCAAUGAGUUUGGCGGCGAGAAGUGGAUGUUUCCCGGUGAGGUUAGAUUCAGUUAAUGUGGGAUUAAUUAAUGGAUUGAUCCAUAAUGGUUUUGGGAUUUUGAAGAAU